AGGCCCUCUUUCAGCACCAAUCCUCAGGAGAACACUGCAGAAAUCCCACUUCCUGUCUACAACUCUUCCCAUGGACUGUGUGGUCCGUACCACCUGCAGCGACACAAUCAAAGAUGCCUUUGAGCGCCUGUUGGAGGCGCUGACUCAUCAGCUGUGUGAGAUGGAGAAAGUGACCCUGCAACACAUGAAGGGGGCCACACUGCUGGUACCUGAGCCGCUCCACUUCCUCCUUCCAGAACCCAAAGGACUGAUGACCGUGGUUUACCCUGCAGGAGUGCCUGACAGCCAACUAGAGACACAUCGUAAGGAACUGCAUCAGCAGUUUGAGCUACCAGAUGACUGGCCUUAUUUCAGGAGAGCGAAUGCCUUCCACUUUUCCAAUGAGCCCUACAAAGAUGGCUACCUCCGAAAUCCUCAUAUGGUCCUCACACAUCCCACGCUGGACAACGGAAAGGUGUACUUGGUGCAGGGGAUCUACAGCUAUCACCACUACAUGCAGGAUCAUAUGGAUGACAACGGCUGGGGCUGCGCUUAUCGCUCGCUGCAGACUAUCUGCUCCUGGUUCAUGCAUCAAGGCUACGUAGAGCGAGCCGUGCCCACCCACAGGGAAAUCCAACAGACUUUAGUGGAUGUUGGAGACAAACAGGGCUCCUUCGUUGGAUCACGGCAGUGGAUCGGCUCCAUUGAGGUUCAGGUUGUUCUGAACCAGCUGCUGGAGGUCACCUCAAAGAUCAUGUUUGUGAGUCAAGGCUCGGAGUUGGCAUCCAAGGGCAGAGAACUGGCCAACCACUUCCUGACUGAAGGGACUCCCAUCAUGAUCGGAGGGGGAGUGUUAGCUCACACUAUUCUAGGUGUGGCAUGGAGUGAGACCACUGGACAGAUCCGCUAUCUUAUCCUCGAUCCCCAUUACACAGGAGCGGAGGACUUACAGGUUAUCACAGACAAGGGCUGGUGUGGCUGGAAAGGACCAGAUUUUUGGGACCAAACUGCUUAUUAUAAUCUGUGUCUGCCUCAGAGGCCAAAGGUCAUCUGAGCUGUCAUAGCCUUUCAUAUGGGCAUCAUCUAACAUUGGUAAAGCAUCUGUGAAACUUUAGAGUGACACUAUUGUCUGCUACUUUUACAGAAAUGUUUGCAGCUUUGCAAGUCAUUUCUGUAAUGAUGUUAAAUUGUAAUGUAAUUAACUUUAAUAGCUUUGGUCAUAUCCUACAUAAAGUAUUGUCUUAACACGAAUGGAAGAACUAAAGAUGGAUGUAAUUUAGUAUUGAAACAACAAA